ACCUUUUCCCUUGGCAACCACUUCCUCCGAGCAUCCACACGGCCAUCUUUAAUUCACAGUCUCUCGCCGAAAAAGUUGUCUGGUUCAUGUAAACACGCCGAAAGCGACACGUUUCGAAGCCCGGAGCCGCCCGGAAGCCACAUAAACACGGUGUUUGUGUAGUUCUGACUACGACGAGAGCAGAGCAGCUGUGUGUCCGCUGAGAAUAAGUCAACACCGGGAACGAUGAGAAAGAAGCAGACAGCCAAGCAGAGGAAGACAGAGGAGAGCACAAUCGUCCAGGAGUUUGCAGUGGAGAAGAUACUACGCAGGAGAAUCUUUAAUGGAAGAGUGGAAUACUUCUUGAAAUGGAAAGGCUUCACAGAGAAUCUCCACAGUGCAGAUAACACCUGGGAGCCUGAGGACAAUCUGGACUGCCCUGAACUCAUCGACGACUUUUUGAGAAACAGGCAUUUUCCAGAUGAGAAUGAGGAAGAGCAGUGCGUGCAGCAGGAGUAUGACUUCAUCCCAAAAGAAGAAGUGAUGGAACAAGAGACGGAAAUUUCCUACAUGCAGUCACACAUGGUGCCGAGUGACGAAGGUGACACCCUGGAUCCGGACGCCCCCGCCGACCUCACUGUUCUGCAGGAACCUGAAUGCAUCAUUGGCUCCACAGACCGACAGGGAGAACUCAUGUUUCUUGUCAAAUGGAAGCACACUGGCGACGUGGCCCUGUUGAAAGCCCGAGACGCCAGCGCCAGGUACCCUCAGGUCGUCAUCGACUUCUACGAGCAGAAGUUAACUUGGCACAGCAAGGAAGAGGAGAAGCAGUGACGAACGCAUGCGUUUGUGUGGGACUGAGACUCUGCAUUGACCUCAAGUUUAAUCCGACAUCCCUCUACUGUGGAUUCUCUGUGCAAGGGACAGAGUGAGGGAGACGACUACUAACAUAGUGCAGAGCUGAUGGACGGUCAGACUAACAUGUAGCAGCUUUAUUCUUCAGUAGCGGACAAAACACUGUGGUUUAAUGUUUGUGUAGUUUUGUUAGUAUUUAUUGUCCUGUUACCUUUCACUAUUGGACCUUUUGUUGUUUUGCGUGUGCCUCGACAUUUAUCGUCAUACCCGGACUACCUUGGUUCGGCUAGGUUGAUCUGCUGUGUGCUUCUACUGUCUAGAUCUGUGAUAAAGGUUUGUAUUGUUUUACCAGAGUAGAGUUGGGUGACAGUUUUUGCCAAAAAGUUUCGGAUUCAUCUUUCAGUAGUCCCUGCGUGGAUAUGCCCAGUGUCGGCAUGGAUUUCCUCGACUGUCCGAAUCCAUGCUCUUCAUUUUAGCCCCCAGACUGCAUCCUGAGCGUUAGCUGAAUCUACUGUGUGGGCAUUUCUUUGAUCCUCUAUAAAUGGGUGCCAUCCUUUAAUAUUUAAAAAAAAAUAGUAUAGUAUUGUGUGGGGGCCCAGGGUAGGUCCCCCAUAACUCGCUGCAGCAGCUGCUUUCCGCAGUUGUGAGGUGCAAAUUUUGUUUCUAUCCGGCAUAUAAAGCGUGCGCGACAGGACUGUUGUCAUUGCUCUGAGCUCCUUCUCACCUCCCACUCUUGUCUUGCUACCCUCUCAAUAUAUAUGGACGCAGCACAUCUCGGGUACAUUCAAUUAUUAGCUGGUUUACUAUUGCCUUAGAAAGGUGCAGUGCAGCAACUACUGUGCAGUCGCUGCAGAUAUGACAAGCAGCAACACCUUCAGCAUCCCAGCACAGCUGCAUUAGGUAGAAACCCAUUUUGAUCACAUUCACUGAUAAUACGGUGGAAAACUGGAGGCAAAAAUAGGGCCUGACAGUAGGGCCCUGUUUUUGAAAACCUGCUCCACUCUGAGUCAUAAAACACACAAACUCAAUAUCAACAUUAAUUGCAAUUGAUCUCAUUUUUAAAGUAAUAAAACAAUCUUGCUGGCCGGAUUUGGCCCCCUGGCCUCGAGUUUGAUAUCAAAUAAACAUGCUCACUCAAGUAUGAAGUAAAGGGGUUUCCUAAACUUGUACAAAAACUGUGUUUUUCAUUACUACUGUCUGGGUUUAGACAUUUCAAAUCUGGCCCCUUCUAUGUUGAUUAAAUAUAUCACUUUAAAAAAAAGAAAAAGGAAAGAGGAUUUCCAACUUUGCUGAGCUGUGCUGGCACGUGUGACUGAGCCGCAGCUGUACCUCGUGUGACUGCUGACACGCAGUCAGCUGAAGUGUUCACCUUCCAAAACACGUAGAAUUACUGAAGGACUGUAACUGUUGACCAUGUAUCUGUGAAGUCAAUAAAGACAAAUUUGUUUUGGAAUUUCCCCAAGAGUUGUAUUUCAACAGGACAUUCUUUCAGCGACUGUUGAUAACGGGGGUCGUCCCAGUGGCAUGAUGU